AUGAAUGAUCAACAAGUGGACAGACCUUUACAUUUACUAGAUCACGAUUAUUUUUUACCAGUUAUAUAUCCAGACAUUGUUGAUGAAGUAGAGACACUAAGUUGUGGCAAGUCUGAUGAUGAUGAUGAUGAUGUCUUAUCCGACGAAGAAAAUGAAGUUCCAGUAGAACAAAAUCCCGAGACUUACACCAUAAUUCCAGGAGUUCAGGUUGGAUCUCAAGUUUAUGUGGACAACUUAAAUUUUAAGUACUAUAAAAAAAGUUCUGUACGAAACCGUUUAUAUUUAGUUUGCCACAGAAAAAAUCAUAAUGAUUGGCCAUUUUGCCCUGCCACAGCUAGUGUUAACUUGAACAAUCCGGGUUACCUGUCAUUAAACCGGAAGCAUAUCCAUAGGCCUGAAAUAAUUAAUAAGCCAUUAGCAUUCUUUAGAGAAGCCGUUUCUAAAAGAGUCCUUACACCUGGCAAUUUAUCCUCUUCUGUUAGACUAGUGUACAAUCAGGAAAUUGUCAAUCACCCUGAAGCAGCAGAAAACUAUACAUGUCUUCAAACAGAACACAGGGUUAAAAGACAGCGACGUUGUAGGCGACCCCCUCUUCCCAGCUCACUAGAUCAUUUAAUACAAAUAUUAAAUGAUCCCAUCCACGAAAAGUACAGUCACACAAUUCGAAGACCUCCGACUAGAUUUUUCCGAAGUGAUUGGCCUUUGGUAGUUGAUGGCAACCAAGUAGGUGUUGUGUUUGCCAAUAUGGAAACAAUAGAGAGGUAUCGAGCAGAAUUGGGCACUGUUGUUGUAGCUGGAAUUGAUGGCACGUUCAAAACAGUUCCUAAAAGUCCACCAGAACUUAAAAAGGGUGCUUUUGUCACAUUCCAGAUAGUGUAUAGGAGUGUAGUGAGUAGAAUUUACUACAAAUAA